CAAAACUUUCCGAAAACAAACAUUUAAAUUUUUCAACAAAAACAAAAAAAAAAACGCAUUUAGUUUGGAAAAAAGUAUCAAAAUUCGUUGUGAACUAUUUCAAUUUCGUUCAAAUUAAAUUAUGUCCUAUACUCCGUCUUUGAGUUUCGUCCGUCUACAAGAAUUAAAACUAUGGCAGGGAAGUUAUGAUAAUCUACUACAAAAACAAGGAUCCAGAUGUAACUCACAGUCGGGUAACCAUUCCGGGGUUUCUCCAGAUGUUAGUCUAAAUUCCAGCACUCAGCUAAGUAAUGACGCUAGAGAAUGGGACAAAAAGAAAAUUUCCCCCUCAAAACCGUUUGACGAAUUGUUGGAGGAAAAGUUGGCGGAGGAUACUCCAUACAUCUCAGAUCCGAAGCCUAAAAAGCGCUUUUUGAGGAAAGGUGAAGGCUUAGCUAGGUUUCGAAUGGGACCAUCUACUGCCACGAAUGGUUGCAUGGAAAAGAGAAGAGCUCCCAUUAAAGCAGCGCCCCCUCGUAAACCUAAGUCCCCUAACAUUGGACGGAACAGGAAACGUACCGUCCAGAAAUCCCAUGCGCACAUAGAUUUGAGCCCUUUAACCAUGCCAGACUUUGUGAAGCCCAGGGGCACUUGGAAGCAAGUCUUUGAAGGUUUAGGUAAAGCACCAUCAGAAACUGUCUCAGCUGUUAAUGCAAGAGAUCGUGAGGAAGAAGUUUUAGAGAAUUACGAUGAGUUUAGAAAAAGUUUGGGGUCAGGCGAGUGCCUAAGAAUUAAUACGGUUCAUGAAGAACAAGAAGAUAAUGCAAUACCUCUUAGAGCAGUCGACAGUAGACAUAAUAUGCUUGAUAUAAGGUCCAAUGAUGCUGAAGAAACAAACCAAGAUCAUCCUUCCGAUUCCGAUCUCCCAUUCACGAACGAAGAAAUCAUGGAAGGCCUUAAAGCAUAUGCGAAUCAGUAUUUUAAUAAACACAACGCGUCACUUUCCAAUGAUGUACCGGAUACAAUGUCAAAGAUUUGUGUUGCCAAUCAAUUGCCACAAGCAAUGGGUGACCUAACUCUGGAAGAGAUUAAAAUGCAGAGAGAUUUGAGAACAUUUGAAAUUUUGGAGAAAAAAACUAACAGCAGUUCGUUUUGUUCUACCAAUACUAGUAUUGUUAAUCUUCUGGCCAGCACCCCACAAAAACUCCCAAGGAAUAAAAUCUUCCAAGAAGAACAAAUAAUGGAUGAAGAUAAUGAAUCAGUUUCUCCUCAACAAACCAGGCAAGAUAUUCAAGUGAAAAUACAGGAGGUUUCAGAUAAAGCUGAUAUGCUUCAGAAUUUUUUAAAAAAUUUAAAAACUAUGGGUAAGGAAACUCAAAGUCGUCUAGGAAAUGAUGUUAAAAAACAUGACAGGUCCUGUUCAAGGGACACGAGUUUUUCUGAUGAUAACAGCCGUUGGUCAUCGAGGUCUCCGAGUGUGACUGAUAAUUAUACGGAAUACGAUACUACCUACCAAAACACGGCAAAAGUUGAUGCAGGCGUCAAUACCAGUUUUGAUAGGUUAGACGAAACGGUUCAAAAUGACCAGGCUUGUGAAGAAUGUAAGGAACUAAGAACAAAAUAUUCAGACACCAAAAUAAAAUUGACAGAGGAAACGAGAGAAAAUACAAGACUAAAUAAAGAAAUAAAGGAUCUUCACACAGAGUAUAACAAAUUCAAGAAACAAACAAAAAAAGAAGAAGAAAAACACAGAGAGAAGUUGAUCGAACUUCAGAAAGAAUUAGAUAAUGAGCGGAAAAAAAUUACUAAAGAACAAUCUUAUUUUGAAAGCUAUAUAAAAGAAGCCCAAAAUAGGUCAUCAAAGAAAGACAGAGAAGAAAUAAGAAAUCUCAAACAAGAGCUGGUGGAUUUGAAAGAACUAGUUAAGCUAAAAGACACUAAAACCGGAGCUACUCAAGCACGCCUCAGGACUCAGAUUAAACAGCAAGAAAAAGAAAUAUCUGAACACAAAAUUACUGUGGAAAAAUUGCAAAGAGAAAACGCCAAAUUAACAGCAAAUCAAAAAUAUUCUCGUCGACCUCAAGAAGUAAAAAUGCUACACGAAAUCAACAAGAAUCUAUCCAAGUUAGCUGAGGAAACGUUAAAAAGUCAAGUGAAUAAGUCGAAAAAUAACAAUGAUGAGAAAGAAGAUAUAAAGUCUGAACAAAGAAAUUCUCAACACUUAAUAAUUGGCGGUGAAGGUGACAAAGAAAAUAAUAAAAAUAAGAAGAAUGUGGAUAACGAUAAGGAAAAUGAAAAAAUUUUAUCAAGAAGUCGAAAGGACAGCAGCUCCGAGACAAUGUUCAACGAAACUCCAGCCAUAGGUUUAUCAGUGGAACAAGAGUAUGAAAAUGUUUUUGGCAAUUUUGCUAGUCCUAGAAACGUUAAUGCUUCCACAACAAUAGAAAAAACUGAAAAAAAGUUGCCGGAUGGAUCUAUUGAAAUAAUGUACAGCAACGGAAAUUUAAAAACUAUAUCUGGAGAUGGCAAGCUGAUCAAAAUUAAGUAUUUCAAUGGCGAUAUUAAAGAAACGAAUGUUGAAAAACAAAUUAUUAGAUAUCAUUAUGCGGCAGCUGAUUCCUGGCACACACAGUUUCCUGAUGGAAUAGAAGUAAUGGAAUUCAAAGAUGGUCAAAAAUGUACCAAAUAUAAUAACGGCAAAACCGAAGUCUGUUUUCCUGACGGUUCUCUAAGAAAUAUAAAUCCUGACGGUACAGAAGAAACGCGAUUUCCAGAUGGCAAAAAAACGAUAAAAACUGCACAGGGUGACACUAUAAUUUUACUACCAAAUGGACAAACUGAAAUACAUACUCAGGAAUAUAAAAGAAGAGAAUACCCAGAUGGUACCACUCGAACUUUACAUAAAGAUGGCACAGUUGAAACAGUAUACGCCAAUGGAAGAGUCAGAUUGAAAGGCGCUAAUGGAGAUUUAAUCAUGGACACUCAUGUAAAUGCAGAUUGAAAGCUAUAUUUUCUUAUAAAGAAACUGAGUUAAUAGUUGUGGAUAAAUUAGGUAUUAUUUUAAUAUUUUUUCAAGUGUUCACAAUUUAAUGAAAAUGUCCUGAAAAUACAAUAAAUUUAAAAAAAU